AGAUGAAUCAGGAAGUGCCUUCUCAUUGCAGUGCUGACUGCAGCUGCCACCUGCUACCUGCCUUGGUUUGGUUUGGAUCAUGAUCAUCUGCUGAUUGCCCCCAACACCUGUGCUCCUGAUCGACCCAUGGUAGCAGUCAGAGUCCAGCAGGAUGGGCUCCAGACUGAAAAAAAACCCGGAGAGAAACUUCAUCUGGUUCUUUGAAGCGUUAUGUCCUGUGACCAGAGACAAAGAUCCUGAAGUGCUGUUCCAGUUUCCAAAUGAUUUCAAGGACGAGGAUUCCAGCCAAACCCUCCCCAGGUUCUGCUUCCCAUAUGACAUACAAAGAUUCAGGGACGGAGGUGCUGUGCAGCACUUUACCUUUGUCCUCACCGAUCUUGAGGGAUGCCAGCGCUUUGGCUUCUGCCGCCUUACCAACAACAACCACACCUGCCUCUGCAUACUCAGUUAUCUGCCGUGGUUUGAGGUGUUUUACAAACUUCUGAACAGCUUGGCUGAUUACCUCUCAAACCGACAGACCAACGAGAUGAACACGCUCCUGGCAUUAAUCUACGAUCAGCCUGUUCCAAACACAGUUGGAUCUAUUGCCCUGCAGAUUGUCCCUUUUUUUGUUGCUCCAGACCCUCGAAGUCUGCCCUCUAUCCCUGAAAAUAGGAACCUGACAGAGUUGAUUGUGGCAGUGAAUGUGGGGAACCUCCUCCAGGUCUAUGCCAGCAUGCUGUUCGAGAGACGCAUCCUUCUGUGCGCCCGCAAGCUGAGCACAUUGACGGCUUGCAUGCAUGCACUUAGUGCACUGCUGUACCCCAUGUACUGGCAGCACAUAUUCAUCCCCGUGCUUCCCCCACACCUUCUGGACUACUGCUGUGCUCCAAUGCCUUAUCUGAUUGGGGUUCACAGCAGUCUUUUUGAGGGACUAAGGAGCUCUGGGCUGGAGGAUGUGGUGAUUUUGGAUGUGGACUCAAACACUGUUGAGAGCCCUUUUGAUGAUCUGAAAAGGAUUCCUGCUAAUGUGGUGGCUGGACUAAAGGUGUGUCUGAAGCGUCGAGCGAUGUCCACUGGCUGUGGCGUUUCUCAAGCCUUCCUCAAAGCUCAAGCACUGCUUUUCGGAGGUUACAGGGAUGCUCUGGAGAGAAACCAGGAUGGUGAGAUAUGUUUCAGUGAAGAGCUCUUUCUUAAUCACAAGUCUGCCAGUGUAAAACCAUUCCUGCAGAAUGCCAUCCAUCUACAGUUUUUCAAACAGUUUAUUGACAGUCGCUUGGAGUAUCUGAACAAAGGGAGGCACCCGGACGAUCUGUUUGAGGAGGAGUUAAUAAAAUAUGAAAACACAACAGGAAGAGGAAAGUCAUGCCAACAGUUGGUGGGUAAUCUAAAGAAAGGAGGGGGGACUCUGAUCCACAACAUGAAGACCAAAGCAAACACCAAAUGGCUUACCACGUCUAGCGUUAAGAACCUGCUAGUUCACAAGAGACACCACAACAACCCCGAUCUUCAGAGAGGAAGCUCUGUUUCUCACCAUCGGGGACAAUCUGACUGUCUACAGAGCCGCCUACCGAUCACGCAACAUUUUGGAAGGUCUAGACCUCAGCGACCUGCUCAUAAGAAAAGACACGAGGAAAAAAAAGAGACUGGACAUGAGUGGGACGGAGGGGUUCCAGAUCUCAAGGCUGAGUUGGACUUGAAACCCCAUGAGAAGGAGGAGGAGCAGGAGAUGCUGCUUUGUGAUCUGGAGGAGCUGGACCUCCUGGGCGAGAUCUUCGACACGCUCAGCUCUCAUGAGCCCUGCCAGCUGUACGGCACUCGCAGUCUGGAUCUGUUCGGACCGGACAGCCACGAUUUCAUCACAAAGCGCCCACCUGACAGCCCAAGCCAGCAGAGUCUGUCCAUGUCAGUCAAUGGUAGCCUGUAUAGGUGGAACCUGGACUCCACAGAGGAUUCUGAACCAGAACCAGAACCAGAACCAGAACCAGACUUUAGCUUGCAGAUGGAGGGGGCAGACGGGGAGGAAAACAGAGGAAUAAAGGAAAUGAUCAACUCUGAAGAGGAGGAGGAGGAGGAGGUGGACGGUGGGGUAAAUGUCUCAGGUUUAGAGAAGGAGCCAGGAAAUGAAGCAGCCCAGGCGUGGGGGGGUGAAGGCUUAAGUGAGGGGGGAGAAGAGGUGGAGGAGGCCAUGAAGCAGACAGACAAUGGAGAUGACGAGAAACGAGAAGAUGUGAGGGAAGAGGAAGAAAGCCAAGAGAUGAUGAAGGAAGGAGGCGUGUGUGUCAGCCCCCAGCCCCCCGCCCCUACAGAAGAGCAGCAAGAAGAAAGUGCAGCAGAGGGAGGGGAGCUCCCCUUCUCCCCCCCUAAAGUCAUGUCUGCUGUGGCUCGCUUCCAGUCUCAGCCUUCCACCAGGCCAAACUUCCAGCUGAGGCCCAUGACCACGACCCUGUCUGAGGCUGCGGCUCGGAGUGCGGGAGACACGCAGCACCAGCCACCUGAGGAAGACUCAUGCCCCUCCCUUAGUGUCUCAGAGCUGAAGAAAAGGUUUGAGGUUUGAAGGACGAACCCCACUUCCCAAGGAUGGAAACCACUGACUGUAAAAGAAACGGACAGCUCAACGCCUCCCUUCUCGUGUUUCCCAAAUAUCAAAUACCAUUGCUUCCUGACACCGGCGCCGCCAUGUUGAAACCUUUCAGCAGUGAUUGGUCCCAGUCGCUCUGAGUCAUCGUAUCUAUGGCAAUGGCGACAGUAGUUGCUCCAUAGAGUUGGAGGUAAGGCGUUUUCUACGGGUGACGUCAUAGUUUUAUUCGUCCAUUUUUACAGUCUAUCUAUGGUGUAAACAAAUGUUGCAUCUCCUUUAAAAGCCCCUAAAGCAGGGGUCGGGAACCUUUUUGGCCAAGAGAGCCAUAAAUGCCACAUAUUUUGAAAUGUAAUUUCGAAAGAGCCAUACAAUAAUGUAGUGUC